AAAGCAUAUUGCGAUUGAGGCCGCCCCCGUCUCUCUUCACCAUCCCUGGGAUUCAGAGCGUAAUCGGAGACGCGAAAAUGAGCCGCAAAGCAUCUACAGGGGCUAAGGGCAAGAAGAAGGGAGCCACCUUCGUGAUCGACUGUGCGAAACCAGUUGAAGAUAAGAUCAUGGACAUCGCUUCUCUGGAGAAAUUCCUUCAGGAGAGGAUUAAAGUUGGUGGCAAGGCUGGUGCUCUUGGCGAUUCCGUCACUGUUAGUCGCGACAAGAGCAAGAUUACCGUCACCUCCGACAGCAACUUCUCCAAGAGAUAUCUGAAAUAUUUAACUAAGAAGUAUUUGAAGAAGCACAACGUGAGGGAUUGGCUUCGGGUUAUUGCUGCUAACAAGGAUCGCAAUAUUUAUGAGCUCAGAUACUUCAACAUUGCUGAGAAUGAGGGCGAGGAUGAAGACUAAAUAUGUCUUUAGCUGCGUUGAUUAAUUAUGUGUUACGUUAGGCUUAGUUAUUGUGGAAUCGUGUUUAUCAGUUUUGACUAUUGGCUUGCCAACUGUUCUUCCAUAUUCUUGCGUUUCUUUUAUGUUCAGCCUUAUGUCCUUACGUUGUUUUAUAGACAUUAUUGGCGAGGUCAUCUCAAGAACUUUUAGAUAUUCGUGCUGCAUUUAUAGUGGAGAUCCUCUUCAUC